UCUUCUUUGAAUCCGUUUUUUUGUUCUCCAAAAAUCACUAACAAUGAAUUCAAGAAGAAACCGAGGAGACAGAUUAUCCAGUUUACCGGAGCCCCUUCUGGUUCUGGUUAUUUCUAACUUACCCUUCAAGGAAGCCGUGAAAACCAGUGUUCUAGCCAAGCGCUGGAAGAAUCUCCAUCGUCAAACGACCAAUGUAUCUUUCAAAGAAUCCGAUUUCGUGAAACGCUCUGUUUCUAAUGAUGAAGAAACCAAAAGGGAUGCUAGGGUGUCGUUCGUUCGCUACAUGGUUAACUGGGUUUCCAAAUAUUCCGGUGCAGCCAUCGAAAGAUUCGAACUUUGUCUCUCCAAACCGGUGGGCUUCGAAACAGAGAUCACGUCACUGAUCGAAUUCGCCGUCUCCAAACAAGUCAAGAAUCUAGUUCUUGAUUUCUCUGACCCUUCUUCGACUACGGGGAAUCAAGCAGCAGUAGGAGCGAGUGUGUUUCAGUUGCCGGAGUGCGCAUACAGUCUCGCGACUCUGGAGUCGUUGAAACUAUUCGCAUGCAAUUUUGAUCCAUCAAGGCUUGUGAGACCGGGCUCGUUGAAAAGUCUAUGUUUUGGUUGGAUCCAACUCGGGAAGAUCAUGGCUUUGUUAUCAAAGACUCCUCUUCUCGAGAGUCUAAGCAUCCAAAACUGCUCGAAUGUUGGCCUCGAAGCGAUAACCGAAUAUAACAACCGGUUAAGGGAAUUGAUAUUCGAGAAUUGCAGUUUCGCCACGGUGCACUCUACCCUCGACCUGCCCAAUAUUCAGAUCUUCAAGUACUCUGGAAAAGUUCAUUACUUUCAGUUCAUGCAAGUGAAUAGGAGAAUGGAAGAAGCAUACUUGGAUUUUGGUGCAGAAACAGAGUACGGCGAAGAGACGGGAACAAUUCUCUGUGGUCUCCUUUAUGAUCUUCUAUCGGCUAGGAAGUUAACGGUCUGUCGUUUUCUCAUCCAGAUGAUCAAAGACAGUGAAGACCCGGUUCGGUUACAAGCACCGAUGGAAACAAGGCAUUUGGUAAUCAAGACGAGUAUGGUACCGUAUGAGUUUAUUGGGAUUAGACUCAUGAUCAAUAGCUGUCCUGACUUGGAAACUCUCACUUUCCAAAUGCUUCCUCCUAUACAUGCGCCAACGACCAAUCUUGGAUUCUGUCCAAAAACGUAUUGGACGUACGUAAUCAGCCACAAGUGUUUGAAGAAGACCCUAAAGGUUGUUGAAGUGAGGAAUUUCACUGGCGGCGCGUACGAGUUACAAAUUUUGAAGUUUUUGAUUCGGUUGGGUCUUGUAUUGGAGAGGGUAGACCUCUAUUUGCCGGUGGGAACUCUGGAGGCUCACAAGACCUUGGCACGUGCUACAGUGAGGAAGCUUUGUAAGUCUGAGGCAUCUUCGAAUCGUCUGUGCAUUCGUCUACACGAUGAUUGAAGAUAUCAUCCAAGAAUCAGGGAUUGAUUGUUUAG